AUGGUGUGCAUGAAUGUCCUGGCUGAUGGUCUCAAGAGCAUCAACAAUGCUGAAAAGAGAAGCAAACACCAGGUCCUUAUUAGGUUGUUCUCCAAAGUCAUUGUCCUGUUUCUAACUGUGCUGAUGAAGCAUGGUUACAUUGGCGAAUUUGAAAUCACUGAUGAUCACAGAGCUGGGAAAAUUGUUGUCAACAUCACAGGCUGGUUAAAUAAGUGUGAAGUGAUAAGCCCCAGAUUUGAUGUGCAGCUCAAAGACCUAGAAAAAUGGCAGAAAAAUCUGCUCCCAUCCCAUCAGUUUGGUUUCAUUGUAUUGACAACCUCAUCUUGCAUCAUGGAUCACAAAGAAGCAAGAUGA